CCUUUUGUAACAUAUAAUUUGAAUAUUUUCUAGUAAAGAAUGGUUUUAAUUAAAUUACUUUAUUUAUUGGUACAAAGUGUUUUGUAAUAUUUUUAUUAUUAUCAUCAUAUUCGUUUGACAAUUUGCACAAUGUGUCAACUAAAAACUCCUGACUGAUGAACAUCAGAAUUGUCCUUCUUUGUUUGGCGCUUGUAUUCCGCUUUCCAAUCAUGAAAGCAUAUUCGGCUUUUCUGAGCGACGACGAGUUGCACCACGUAAGAAGGUCGAUUACUGAAAAUGGAACCUGCGAUGAGGAUAAAAUCAUUGAACAGUUAGUUAAUGUAAGGGUAACGACACCCGAAAGCAUCAUCACACUAAGUCUUUUAGAGGGGCAAGCUUUAUGCAGUAAGUUACUACAGACUGUCGGAAUUUUGAAUGAUUAUUUGAAAACUUGCGUUAUUUCCCCAAAGAAUUUGUACAUGAAACUUAUAUCUGGAUUAAGGAGGCUCGACGAAAUGCUUUGUUACGAUGCCGCGUAUUUUCAGAAGUUUGAGGUGUACUACUAUUGUAUUCAUGAAAUUGAAAACGAGUUCGAUGUUUGUGCAGGACCUUUAGAUUGGAAUGAAGAACACAAUCACAAGAAAGUUUGCAAGAUCUACAGAAAAAUGGUGGAUUGUUAUUACAUUAAAGUAGCACAAGUUUGCAGUUUGGAGGGUGCAAAAGUAUUCAAACAGAUGAUUACCACCGUCAUCGAUGAAGUAAUUAAUUGUCCUUGUGAUGUUAAAAGUGAUCCGGAAGUCAAAGACGCAAUGCCGGAUCAAUAUAUCCAGAAAAGUAUUGGCUAUGUACAAAAUCACGCAGUAGCAAAUACAGCAGAAUAUUGGACAAUUUUUAUAACAGUAAUUGCAGGUGUAGUAUAUAUUUAGACAAUUUUAUUUUUAUAUCUAUAUUAUAUAUGAAAAUAGUAAAAAAUGUAUUGUAUUAUUUAUAUUUUAAAAACUACUAUGAUUGGCAAGGUAAGAUAUUUUUGAAAAUAUUUAAU